AUGUGUAUGGUUAUAUUUGCUCCGAUUUUUGCCAUCUGUGCUUUUGCAACAUGUGGAGGAUACAAUGGUCAUCUCCAGGUUAAAGUGGACUGUGCAGACAGGAGGCAGAGUAACCGCAGCAUCAGCAUUGACUUUGGUUAUCCUUUCAGAUUACAACAAGUGCAUUUCAAAGCUCCUUUGUGCGACGCGAAAAGAGAAGAGAUUCUUUUCCUGGAUGGCGACUUUUCUUCAGCUGCUCAGUUUUUUGUGACUGUGGGUGUUUUUGCUUUCCUCUACUCUCUAUUGGCAACCAUUGUCUAUGUCUUCUACCAGAACAAGUACUUGAAGAACAACAGAGGCCCACUUGUGGAUUUUGUAGUUACAGUCAUCUUCUCCUUCAUGUGGCUGGCCAGCAGUUGUUGUUGGGCCAAAACUCUCUCUGAUAUCAAGACAGCCACGAACCCAACACAGGUGCUGCUGCUCAUCUCAGCCUGCAGAGCUCAGGAAAUCAAAUGUACAGCUACCCAGGAGCCCCUCUGGUCACGUCUUAAUACGUCUGCGGUUUUUGGUUUUGUUAACGUAGUCCUCUGGGUCGGAAAUAUUUGGUUUGUCUUCAAAGAGACAGGCUGGUACAAGACAGGUCAGAGAUACCCGACCAGGAGUGCUUCUGGGAAGCGGUCUAGUGAAAUGCGACAGCGGCUCUACAGCGAGAGCAGUUUCGACCAGCCAGAGGAGAGUUAUGGUCCACAAACCUCCAGACAAAACAGUUUCAAUCAGUCAAAGGGCGGUCAGCAGGUCCACAGGCAAGCUAGCCUCAACCAGUCACAAGCGGGCUUCAGUUUACCACAGACAUAUCUUGGUAAACCGGUAAUUUGUGAGAGGGAGAAUAAAGUGACUUCUCAAGGGCCGAUGAUAUUUGUCAAUGAGAUGUGAUUUUGUGGUGGUUUUUCUUGGACCUCAGCAAUCUUCAGGUUUUAAAGCUGCACUUCUCAUAACUGAAACUAAAUUAGAUGCCCAAUUUGACUGUUUGAGGUACCACAGAAACCCUCUAAAUAGGUGAAUUAGCCUAGCUAAUUGCACAUGGAGAUUCUGAGAGUUUCACUCAAUGGUGUU